CAGGUCCUUUGCAGAGCGUCCAUCGAUCCCGACCUGCAGAGAGAGCGCAGGGAGGUACUGGAAACAUUCUCUGCGGCUGGUCGUGCUCUCGUCCACUUUGCUAACUCUGCCUGCGCCAAUUACGGGCUCUCCCCCCUGAUCGAGUCUUCCCUUGGUUGUACCUACGGGGCAUCCAGCUUCGUACCGGUGUUCUAUCAACCAUGUAUUGCAGGAACCGUAGGGCAGGCUCAGGAGAUGUACUGUGCUAAGGUCAAUGUGGCCAGCCGGAUAAUCUUAAUCACAUCCUUCAGUGCCGCCACCUAA